AUGCCGAUUCGAACUUCAACCCGCCAAGCCGCCGUCAAGGCAAAUGAAGCAUUACAUCAAAAUGCGCGUGCGGGAACAAAGGCGUCAGGAAGUAAACGCAAAGGCUCGGCCGAGGAUGGCUCACCGGAGAAGAAGCGUGGCAAGAAUGGUUUGGAAAAGACACAAGCUGCUCCCACCACAUCAGAGCCUAUCCGCGAAAAACAUGGGCCUAAGAAACAAGCUACUGGGGAAGCAAUGAAGCCCAGUGCCAAGGAAGAAAAGGAGCACCAGGAACAAGCGCCUAAAAUAGAAGUUAAGGGUGAAGGUAUGCAACAAGGUAUAGCCGUGCAAGAGAAAGAACUGCCAUCAAAUGUGCUGGAAAGGGGGAUCAUCUAUUUCUUCUUCCGUCGGCGUGUUGGCAUCGAACAGCCUGAAGGCGUUGACGAUGUGGCGCGUACUUUCAUCGUCCUCAGGCCCUUGCCUCCCGACGCAAACCUUGGACAGGGGCCAAUUGGAGAUGACGCAAACUGCCGUCUGCUGGUCUUGCCUAAGAAGACACUGCCCUCCUCGGCUCGCGAGAGGUAUAUGGGAUUCGUGGAGAAAGCAGGCACGUCUCUCAAAGCCAUCAAGGCAUCGUUUGAAGGGGAGGAGUAUGAGACCAAGACCAGAGGGCUGCGGGAAAUUCCCAGCGCGACACCCGCGGCUGAGGGUGUUUACGCCAUCACAUCGACAUCGCGCAGCUCCCAUCUGGCAUAUAUCCUCACCAUUCCCGAGGAGCCGUCCAAGGUGCAGCGCGAUCUCGGUCUAAAGAAGAAAGGAUCGAUGAUCGUCAGCUCGAAAAGUCCUAAAUUUGCCGGGCCGGCGUCUGCACGACUGCCGAAGGAGCCAGACUAUCCGCAGGAGUAA